AUGUUGCCAACGGAAAUCACGGGAGAAGUAUCCUUCACAACAAGCGAGCAACCAGUUGGGAGGAGGGACGGGAUGAAAACAGAAGAGACCCAAUCUUGUCUUCAGCAAGGGCCUUCAGCCACACCUUUUGGUUCAGAGCACGGGGCCGGCGGAGGAGAGGUGUGUGCUGGGUGUGAGUCCCCAAUCGCUGACCGCUUCCUGUUGCGUGUGAACGAGCGGUCCUGGCAUGAGACCUGCGUGAAAUGCGCCGUGUGUCUGAGCAUGCUCAGUGGGACCUGCUACUGCCGGGACCGUCUGCUGUACUGCAAGCACGACUACGAGAAGCUGUUUGUGCGGAAGUGCAGCGCGUGCCUGCGGGUGAUUGGCCGGUCGGAGCUGAUCAUGCGGGUGCUGGGGCAGGUGUAUCACCUGGACUGCUUCAGCUGCUGUGAGUGCGAGCGCCGGCUGCAGCGGGGGGACCAGUUUGUGCUGAAGGAGGGCCAGCUGCUGUGCCGCAGCGACUACGAGAAGGAGCGGGAGAUGCUGUCCGCCAUCAGCCCCACCCCCACCGAGUCAGUGAAGAGUGAGGAUGAGGAGGGAGGGACAAGCUCAGCGGGGAAGGGCGAUGAAGGGAAGGAGCACAAGCGCUCCAAACGACCGCGCACCAUCCUCACCACCCAACAGCGCCGAGCCUUCAAAGCCUCCUUCGAGGUGUCCUCCAAACCCUGCCGCAAAGUGAGAGAGACUCUGGCAGCAGAAACCGGACUGACAGUGCGAGUUGUACAGGUGUGGUUCCAGAACCAGAGAGCCAAGAUGAAGAAGAUCGCACGGCGGCAGCAGCAGCAGCAGCAGCAGGAGCAGGAGCAGCUGGGCGGGGCCAGGAGAGCCUCACGGAGCGGCCGACAGAGCAACGAUGACAGCGAGGAUGGAUCCAGCGGUCAUGCACUAGAGGGCUUAAUGGCAUACCCCUCGUUGCCACGGCAGCAGCUCCUUGCUCUGGAUCCAAACAUCUAUGGAGGCGAACCCUUCCGCCACGGACUCACCCCUCCUCAGCUGGGCCCAGACCAGCUACACGCAUAUGAUUCAGAGACAGUGUUCCAUGACCUUGACAGCGAUGGAAGCUUGAGUCACCUUGGUGAUUGUCUCCUGGCGACAGCAGAUGGAGGCCUCCUGACAGGGAGGGUGGGAAACCCCAUUGACCGCCUCUACUCCAUGCAGAACUCCUACUUCACCUCCUGA